UUAUAAUAUCGACCAAUGUCAGCACUGCUCCGCUGUGUUCACAGUCUCAGGUCUGUGGAAGGACUCAGACACAGCAGGGCUUGGAAGAUAUGCGGCACAAGUUUGCUCCAGUGUUGUCGGUCCCUCCAUGUGGACAGCCAGCCUCACACCCCCUCUCUGACCAGCAGCUACGUGCAUGGCACCUCCUCCAUCUCUCUGCUCCCCCUGACUGUCGGCCAGAGCCUGGACUCCACAGUCCAGCGCUGGCCGGACCGUGAAGCUGUGGUCUUCAUGCAGGACGGCAUUCGUAAAACAUUUGCACAGUUUCAGCAAGAUGUUGACAGGACGGCUGCAGGUCUGCUGGCUUUGGGCCUGAAGCGAGGCGACAGACUGGGAGUUUGGGGACCCAACACAUACGAGUGGAUCCUCUUCCAGUUUGCUUCAUCCAAAGCUGGAAUCAUACAGGUGUCAUUGAACCCGGCCUAUCAGGUGAAGGAAGUGGAGUUUACUCUCAAGCAGGUCCAGUGCAAAGCCGUGGUCUGCCCGACCCGCUUUAAAACCCAACACUUCUGUGACAUGCUGAGGGAGCUCUGCCCAGAGAUCGACACCACGCCAGAAGGCAUGAUCAAAAGCUCCAGGUUGCCAGACUUGCGCAUGGUGAUUGUGACGGACAGCAGGCAGCCAGGGAUGCUCCAUGUGGAGGAUGUGAUGCAAGCAGGGGAGAGUCGGCACCACAAACAGCUGAUGGACCUGCAGAGAAAGCUGUCCUUCGAUGAGCCCAUCAACAUCCAGUUCACAUCAGGGACAACAGGAAGUCCAAAGGCAGCAAUUCUUUCCCACCACAAUAUUGUAAACAAUGCCUACUUCAUGGGUCUACGAAUGGGUUUUAGACAAAGACCUAAAGUGCGAGUGUGUGUGCCCGUACCCUUGUACCACUGCUUUGGAUCUGUGUUGGGAGGGAUAAGUAUGGCUGUGCACGGUAUCACGCUGGUCUUCCCUUCCCCUGGCUACAACAGCCAAGCCAACCUGGAGGCCAUUCAGAGUGAAAAGUGCAAUUUUGUUUAUGGAACUCCCACUAUGUUCACCGACAUGCUCAUCCAACAGGAUUUACACAAGUAUGAUGUGUCGUCAAUUGAAGCUGGCAUCAUGAGCGGUUCUCCUUGCCCAGCUGAGAUUGUGACAAAACUGAAAACAGUCAUGAACAUGAAGGAGAUAACGUUAGGUUAUGGAACCACUGAGAACAGCCCCAUUACAUUUCUUGGAUUCCCACAAGACAACGAUGAGCUGAAGUCAAAUACUGUUGGAUGCAUCAUGAGCCACACUGAGGCUAAAGUGGUGGACCCAGAUACUGGGGAGAUUGUCCCUCUGGGGGCAUCAGGAGAGCUGAUGAUCAGAGGCAGCUGUGUGAUGCAUGGAUACUGGAACGAUCCUGAGAAAACCAGAGAAGUUAUCUCUCAAGACCGCUGGUACAGGACUGGUGACACGGCCAGUCUGAACAGUUUGGGAUACUGCCGCAUUGAAGGCCGCAUGAAAGACUUGAUCAUCCGAGGGGGAGAGAACAUCUAUCCCGCUGAGGUCGAGCAAUUUCUCUUUACACAUCCCAAAGUACAGGAGGUGCAGGUUGUCGGAGUGAAAGAUGAGAGGUUGGGCGAGCAGGUGUGUGCCUGCAUCCGGCUGAGGAAGGACCAGACAUCCAGCGCAGAGGAGAUACGAGCUUUCUGCAAAGGCCAGAUCUCUCACUUCAAGAUCCCACACUAUGUGCACUUUGUAGACAGCUACCCUCUGACAGUCUCUGGAAAGAUCAAGAAGAACUUAUUAAAGGAGCAAAUGGAGAAGGAAUUAGGCCUUUGAAGUUGUGGACUCACAUCGACUUUGAGUACAUCAGCUGUGAAAAUCCCAACUGAGGAGUGUUGAGUUUAAGAUGGAAAACAAUGAAGUAUGGUACACUAUACUAUGACAUAUUUAUACACUGUUUUCACUAUUUUUAAUCAAUACUACACUUACAAUAACUUCUACUUUUUACAUUACUACAACAACAGCUCCAACAACAAUUACUAUUGAUGCUACUACAACAACGAUUACUACAACUACUUAAACAACUGCUACAAUAAUUUGAUUGAAUAGUUAGUCCAUUUGUUCAUUUAACAAUCUUGAUAGAAAAGAAAGACAUUUACAAAACAUAUAAAGUCUCUCUUGUUCCAAUAACAGACUAUGGUUCAUGCAUUUGUUGUCAUCAUACAUUCUGAAUAUUUGCAUCUAUUUUUUAAUGGAAGAUAAUCCAAAAGCGUGUUCAACUCAAUACACAGGUAUGUAUAAUGGGGUAAUACAUAAAAAAUGACAAAUUAACAAAAAGUUCUUUGAUGUAAGAACUGUAUGACUGUGUAUGAGAGAAAAUAAAUCUUGAAAAUAUGGUCCAA